UGGCAAUGAAGAACGAUUUGAAAACUCUUGAUAAUAAACUUCUUGACUUAUUACAUAGAGCUCAUAUUUUAGUAGGAACCACGCAGGAAGAGAGCAAAGGUAUUCAAUAAUUUAGGUUUUUUUGCUUUUCCAAAAUAAAAAAAAGAACUUUUCUUUUACUUAUAUUUAUUAUAGACUCUUCAAUUCAUGAGAAACUAAGUAUUAGAUUGAGUCAAUUUGAAUCUUGUAUAUGUGAAACCCAAGAAAAUGGUUCUGAAAUUGCAGCGGAAAAUCCAUUGGAAACACAAAUUCACAAACCAGAAGUUUGUUUUCAUGACGAAAAUAAUAUAAGAGGGAAUUUUGUAGCAAAAUGUCUGGAAACUUUAGAAUCCUUACAAUAUACUCUUAUGGAUAUUAAUGAUAUUGAAGAACAUAGACAAAUCGAAAGUACCAAACCGUUAGAGACUGACCCUGAAUUCUUAGGUAUUAGAGAUCUAAGACUUGUUCAUACAAUGUUGGAGAUAGUUAUAACUUGGGGUGUUUAUCCGUGUCUAUUACCGGGUGUUGGUGUUCCACUCUCGAGAAGGACUAAAUCGAGUUAUAUUCAGAAUGAACUUUUGCAAGAUUUAACUACUGAAGAAAAUAAAUCUAAUAACAUGGCAUCAUCGUAUUCACUGUACAGUCAAUUAUAUAAGUUUAUGAGAUCCUUAACAAAUAUUAUGCUUUCUAAUUCAAGUAAAUCAAGGAUAUAUACUUCCGUAUCAUCUAUUUUAUUCUCAAAAUACCUCGCAGAUAUUUACGGGGCAUUAUUACAGUUGGCUUAUGGCCCUUUACCAAUAAAGCAAACCGUGGCGGUUACUCCUCAUAAUGAUGACAACAAUGAACUAGAGAGGAUACAUAAAGAAAGUGUGGGGAUGUUUCGCAAAGUUUUCCAAAGUGCUGAUUCAUUCCAAUCUCUGGAAGCUUUGACUGUACUAUUGGGAUCCUCUCCACUUCAUCCAUCACCCAAAUGGUUUAAAAGUGUCUGUGGAAGAUUUUUAUCGCAGAUUUUGUUACGUCCAAGUGGAAUAAGAGAUGUGAUGGAAUUUAUGAUUGGAGGUGAAAACGAAGUUAACUUAGCUAAAUUGGAAACAAUCUCCAAAUUAAUACUGUCUGUUCCAAGUCAAGUAAAAUCUGUAGAACAAUAUUUUUCAGUAGUAUGUCCGCAAUUACUUUCUUUAGUUCAAUCAAUUUUAAACCCUUCAGGAAGUUCUAAAUCAGCAACACCAGCAAUUGCUAGUGUUGCUUCCUUUACUAUCAUAAGAAUGACCAAUAAAUACCCAGAAUUAAGUAAAAAAUUCAUAAUAACCAAGAUUUUUGAUUCAUUAUGGAAAUGGUGGGGUAUCACUUCAGAAGAGUAUAAUAAAAUUAUCGGAAACAGUUCUACCGUCACGUCAUCUGAGCUUGAUCCAUUGAUAAUGAAUGAACAAACAUUACAAACCACCAUAACUGUAAUACAUCGAAUUCUAGUUGGCAGUGAACCAGUUCCUGACUUGAUACAAAUUUUUUUAGAGGAUGCGAUAGCUCCUUUAUAUCAUUUAUAUGAUUUUACUUGUUCUUCAAAAUCUCAUUUGAAAGAUACUAUUUUUGAUAUUUUAUUAUCAUAUUUUAAAAUUGUAUCAGUGAGUGAAGGUAUUACAGCAUUGAAACAAAUUGUAUUUAGGAAGAAUAAAAAAUGGAAAGCUCCUACUAUAGGAGAAAUUGGGGAAGUGUAUUUUGCUCCUGGAUCUUCUGGCGGGGUGGUAAUGAGAUUACGAUUAAAUUCGUUAGAUUUAUCCGAUAUGACCACCUCAAUUGACGUUGAUGUUUUUAUAGAUUUCCUGAAAGCAAUCGCGAAUAAAGAAUUAUCUGGAGAUUUUUUUAUGUAUUUACUCUCGGAAUAUACUUCUUCAUUAGCUCAACAACAAAAUUAUUCACAUAAAAUAGAUUCAAGACGUAUCUUUACAUUGCUUCAUCUUGUUUUAGCAAUGAUUGAUGGUCUUGGUUCAUCUAUUUUACAGAAACCUGGGCAAAUGAUUUCAUUUGUUAAUAAUGUAUUGGAAAGUUAUCAUCAAAAAGGUGCCAAUACGGAGAAAGAAAAAAAAGGUAUAAAUAAUUCUGGUAUAUUAGGUGAAUUAGGUAACAUUGUAAAUGAUGAAGAUGUUGAUGGUGAAGUCUCUGUUGAGAGUGACGAUGAUGAUGAAGAGUUAUUAUCUUUAGCUUUGAUGCUUUUAUCAUCGUUGUUGCAAGAACAUAAAAAUCUUUCAAUUCAGGAUUUGCAUAUUUUGAACCUUGUAUUUGAUAAUCUGGAACCUCUCCAAAAUCAUUCUUCAUCAUCAAUUCAAUCAUUAGCACGUAAUCUUCGUCUGACAAUUUCAGCACGCAGUGCAUCUAGAUCAUCAUUACUUAAUUCGGAAGAAUCUAUACAACGACAAGAAUCACUAAAAAAAUAUCAAGAAGCUAUGGAUGCAUUACAAGAUGAGAUAUUACCUAUAAAAGCUCGUGGGAUUGUAAUACUUAAAGAAAUGGUGCUUGAAAAAGAUCCAUUAAUGAAUGAAGAUGUUAAUUUGAAUAGGGUAUUGGAUAUCUUCAUACAAAUGAUUCAAGAUGAAGAAAGUUUUAUUUAUUUGAAUGCCGUCAAAGGAUUAUCUUCAUUAACGGAUAUUCAUGGAGAAAAAAUCAUGCGAAAACUAAUGACAAUUUACUCAAACAAUAAUCAAAAGAUUGAUAAUCGACUACGUAUUGGUGAAGCAAUAUUGCAAACUAUUCAAAGAUGCGGAGAAGCGCUUGGAAAAUAUAUUACAACCAUUCUUCCGCCACUCUUGCAUGUUCUCAACAAAGAUCAAAAUGUAAAUCUACGUGUAUCUGCUUUGAGUAUAAUUGGAUGCGCUUGUGAAACUUCUCCGUUAGCUCUAACCACAUUUUUUAGAGAUGUUGUGGAUUGGGUUUUAAAUAUUUUGGAUGUUCAAAAGGAAGUUGAAGUUAGAAGAGGUGCGGUUCAAAUGUUUUAUUUGGUUCAUUCAAUUUUUUAUAUCAAGCAGCUUUAACCUCAAAUUUCUUUCCUAUGACACUAAAUCGAUAUUUUCAUGGAUAUGAUCUUUGUAUAUUUUAUUCUGUUUUUGUUACAGCAUCAAUUGUACUACUAAUAUCUUUAUUUCGUGGUUUAGCUUCACAUUCACAAAGUAUAUAUUUAAUUCCAUCAGACUUAUUGCAAAGGACUUAUCGUACUUUACAAUAUAUAGAAGAAAUAGACAAAGAUGAAUUAACUAGGUAUCAUGCUCGAAUAGGAAUUAGUGAUUUGGAUAUUACUUCUCAAGGAGAAUUAUUUGGGAAAGUGGAUUAAUCAAGUAAUGUUUCUCGGGAUUGUAUAAUGAUUUUAAGAAACAGGAUAAGAGGCAUUUAAUUUAGUAUUGUUGAAAUCAGGAAUUGUCAAAAAAAAAAUAAAUAAGAAAGUUGAUCUAUUAAGUAUUCCUGUAAUGAUCGAAUGAAUACAGCAUAAAAUCAUCGUUGGAUACUUCGAAGAUAUUA